UCGUGUUAUUGUUUCCUUUCGUCACGCUGUUCACACCGUAUUUAAGUUUUGUUUUCCAGGUAAGUUUCGUUUCUUGUUGACAGACUGCAGAGUGACACAGUGAGGAUCAGCUGUUGCUCCUAACCACACGACAACAUGUUUUCCUGGGGAGAGGACUGUCAGCGCGGGUUUUACGUGAAAGACGGCUCCGGUACCGACAGCACGACCACUGAUGAUGGAGUUCAUUAUUUAAACAUCAGCCAUCACAUCGCGGAUCUGUCGGCAGGUCGAAACGUGCUGGCUUUCGUUAAAAGUAACGGAAACGCGUUUUUUAUCCAAAUAAACGAGAGCGAGGAUGGGAGAAGAGCGAGAGGCAGGCAGAAGUUUGUGAAACACAAAGAGAAGAUAGAGGCUGUGAGUUGUGGCGAUGAUGUGGUCGCACUGCUGUCUGAGAGCGGCAAAGUUCUCUGGUUGGACACGAGACACCCACCUUUCACUCCCAGGCCACUCGAAGCUUUUUCUAACAUACACGUUUCUCAAGUUGCUUGUGGGAGUCAGCACUCCGUUGCACUCACCAAAGAUGGUCAGCUGUAUACGUGGGGUCAGGACUGCAGGGGUCAGCUGGGUCUAGGUACGAGAGAGUCUGUCUGCAGAUCACCUCAACAUGUGCCAUCACUGUCAGCGAUCCCCGUGAUCCAGGUCGCUGCAGGAGGAGACCAGAGUGACUGGUGGUCCUCGCUGUCACCCUCCACCAUGGUGCGAUACGUUAAGGUGUGGAAGAAGGCCCUAUCAGAGAUCCUGUCCUUCAAACCUGUACCUCGCAACUCUGGAUAUGCAAAUGCUGAGCCGCUCAUCCUGUGCAAGUUCCCAAUCGUGAUGGAUCUGCAAUCAAAGAAAACAGUGUUCGACAUGAAUUCUGAAUGCACUCAGAGACAGCACCAGAUGGCUUUUGGUUUGCCUGAUAAAUUGAAUCCUCAGUCAAAUCCAAUUUUUUUUGAACUGCGGCUGCAGCGUGCGUCACUUUUCGAAGGCACCUUCAGAGAGCUGGAAGCUGCUCCUCACAGCGCCUGCAAGAAGCCACUUGUGGUCUAUUUUGAUGAGGACCCAAACACCAAAGAUGUCUACAAACGAGACCUUUUUCACCACCUGUUUCUUAAAAUGGUGUCAGAAGAAUCUGGGAUGUUCAUGCUCAAUGACUCCAAAACCCUGGCAUGGUUUCCCUCCAAUGUAAGACUUUAA